AUGCGAUUCACUUCCACCGCCGCUGUCAUCUCCGCCGUCGUCGCUGGUGCUACGCUCGCUUCGGCCGCUAGCAUCCCGCCUCAGCACCUCGAGUCCCGCGACGUCGCACCCUCGGAACUCACCGACCUCACCACGCGCGACGUCUCCGAUGUCAACCGUCCCCGCUCUGAAGAGUUUUCAGGGAUGGAGGCGCGUGAGGUCUUGGAGGAGUUGAUCGCCCGCGCUGACUCCUCAUCUGCGUUGGAGGAGUUCUUCACCCGCGACUUGUUGGAAGAGUUGGUUACUCGCUCUGAGGUGUUGGAGGAGCUGUACACCCGCGAACCCAACAAGGUGAAGAACUUUUUCAAGAAGGUUGGGAAGGGUAUUGGUGGUGUUUUCAAGGGACUUCUCGGAUUCCGUUCGUUGCCUGAAGAUGAGCUUAUGACGAGGGAGGUUAUGGAGGAGUUGUUCGAGCGGGAGUUUGAUCCCGAGCUCUUUGAGCGCGAGCUUGAUGCAGAACUUUUCGAGAGGGAACCCGAUGCAGAGCUUUUCGAGCGCGAACCCGAUGCAGAACUCUUCGAGCGAGACUUCGACGCAGAACUCUACGAACGUGGCCUUUGGGACGAGGAUGUGGAAGUUCGAGAAUUCAUCAUGGAUGACUUGGAUUAA